AGUAUAUUUUGAACUUUGCUCUCGGAAUGUGUGGACUUUGGGGUCAUACAUAUAGUCUCGCUGGCUGAAUUUCCACAGUGUGUAGAUAGAAUUUAGUAUCUAUGAUGAUGACUUUGUGGGGAACAGUUGAUGUAAAGCUGCUCUUGGUACUGGCACUGUUGACUAAUCAAAGUGUUUCCUUAUCACUUGAGAAUGGAAAGACUUACAAGUACUCUUAUGAAACAACUAUAUACUUCAAUGAGUUGAAUACCCCUAAAGUGAAGCAAACACAGAAAGAUGUAGGGUUCCGGUUGACUGCAGAGUUAGAGGUCACUCCUAUAUUUCAUGCCAGUGAAACUCAGCUCCUGAGACUUCAGAUCACAAAGGCAUCAGUAUCUAGUGCAUCGAGAUCAGGACUGGAGAGGAACUUGGUGGUGCUACUGAGGUAUCCUGUCUACUUUGAACUGAAUGCAGCGACAGGUGUUGUAGGCACUAUUUAUGGAGCUGAUUCUGACUCAAUCUUCUGCUCUAAUCUGAAAAAAGGUGUGAUAUCCUUGUUCCAGCUAAGAGAUGAAGAUGGGGAGAGACAGGAGGUUGAUGUGUCUGGGGUAUGUGACACUGCAUAUAUGGUGUCUGGGAAUUCUGUCACAAAGACCAAACACAACUGUAACAACUUGGAAAUUGCUGGUCAGUUCAGUAAUCCCAGCAAGAUGUUUGGAAUGACUGUAACAUCAUCAUCAGUUGCUAAGUAUCAGCUAGGGGAUGGUGUAGUAGGCAGUGUGUCGGGGACAGAGAGACACAUUGUGGUUCUCAAUGCUAAACCAGGAGUUUCCACUGUUGUUACUUCCACACAAAAGCUGAAUCUUUUGAGUAGUAUUGGAGGAUCAAAGACAAUGACGGGAAACACAGUGGAGGAGGCAAUAGAAAGAAUCAAUAAAGCUGCAACUAGUGCCAGAAACAAAUACAGUCCAAUGUUGAUGGGCAGUGGCUCAGAAAUACAGAAUUGUGUUGAAAAUUGUGAAAAGCCUAUUGAUGUCUUAAAGAAGGUUAAAGACUCACUAAGCAGUGAUAAACUUUCUACAGCUGAAUCAGGCCGAGCAUUUCUGAAGUUACUGCGCUCAUUUAGAGGGAUUGGGAAGAACACGAUUGAGGAAGUGCUCACAAGCAGUGAUAGCUACUAUGUUGUACCUCAGCUAAUAGACGUUGCUGUGGCAGCUCAGACACCAGACUCUCACAGGGCCUUGAUGGAUUUAGUGUCCUUCACCACAGAUGGUGCCACAGAAUAUCAGGAAAGGCUGCUGUUAGCCCUGGCAUACACAACACACCCAGAUACUGCCAUCCUAAAGUAUUUCUUGGACCUGAUGGCCAAGCCCUUACCCAGUGAGAGAUUAAAAGAGUCGGUUGUACUAGCCCUUGGUGCCCUGGUACAUACAUACUGCCAGGACAUAGCCAGCUGUGGUAACCAGGUUAUAGCAGAUUAUGUAAAAGCUGUAAGAGAAAGUCUAAAGUCUUGUGAAGAUGAGAGCUGCAAACUAAGAUAUGUCAGGUCGAUGGGGAAUUCAGGACUUGCUGAUUUUGGAUCUGAUCUGAUAGCAGUCGCAGAGUCAUCCAGCAGCCCAAUGCUUUCCAUCAGUGCUAUACAGGCUCUUAGGAGAUUUUCACCAGGCUCUCUCACCAGUAAUCAAAAGGCAGCACUGAGUCGGAUGUUCCAUCAAAACAUCAAACAGUUUGACAGUAGUGUAAGGAUAGCAGCCGUUGAAGUCCUAUUGAAAAACCAGCCAACUAUUGCCGAGGUCAGAAACAUCAUGUUGUCUGCUGUAGGUGAUCAGAAGAAUCAUGAGACCUCCACAUACAUCAUAAAGAGGCUUGUGGAUCUAUCAGAAUCUGACAGUGAUAUAAGGUCAUUGUUUAGGCAGAUCCUAUCAGAUCCCAGUAUGAACAAUUAUUUUGUCUUUGCACAAAGAGGAAAAUCUAGUGCUUUUAGCAGUUAUCUCAUGGCCACAAGGGAGAUGAACAGUUCAUAUGGUCUAUAUCAAGAAAACUCAGGCACUGGAGUGAUGAAGAGAAGUGCCAUGGUGGUGGACAUGGAAAGCAAAUACACCAAACAACCUCUGCUGACUUUUGGAUUGUAUGCUGAGGGUCUAGCUGCCCUGAUCGGUGAUGCUGAGGAGGGAGCAGAGGAUGUAGAGGCUACAGCAGGAAUGUCCUUAACACUCAUGGAUGUAAUACUGCCAUCUGUGGAAUUCUUUAGAGGGUCUGGUGAACUUAUGUCGGCUGUGUGGAAUGCCCCUUCUGACCCAGUUUCUGCUUUACAAGGUAAUCUGUUGCUGCAAGACCAUGCCCAGAAGUUCCAUCUAUCAAAUGGCCUUGUGGUUGACCUGGAAGUUCUAGGUGUUGCCUCUAUAGAUAUGUCUGGUAGUGUCAGUAUCAGUCUGUGGUACAAAACCUCCAACUCUUUAAUUAAAAACAGUGGUGCCCUAGUGGUGGAAGGAUCAAUGAAGUUGGACUCCAAGGUUCUAAAAGCAGGAGUUAACAUGUAUGCUGAGUCAGAGGCCAGCAUUGACUUCAAAACUGAUGUGGACUUUGCUGAAAUGCCAUUUAAGAUGUGUUUGCGUAUGUCACGACCCAAUGUUUCAUUUCGUCAAACUGUGGAAAAAUAUGAAAGAUCUAGAAAAAUUAAGAAACGCUACAGAACAAAGCAGCGCCGUACAACUUCAUCACCUGGUGUGUCUUACCUCAUCAACCAAAAGAAUAGUAUCCAGUGUACUCUGAUAGCCAUGGACUAGUCAGGGUGAUGGUGGAAACCAGACAGCUGCAACCAGUGAUCUUGAUAAUACUCAACACUUUCCAAAGUCCUGCAUGUGUAUACAGCCAAGCUCUCCUAAUGAUGGCAGGACCAGCUUACAUAUCAGAAUCUAGACCAACACCAAACUCUAUUUUUAAUAAAACUAUAUUUUCUUAUU